ACAAGGGGAAAAACCUCCAAAGUCUUCACUCGUUAUCGGCGUUUUGAGCAGCCGAUCAACAGCACCAUCCGGAACCGGUUCACGAUGAAGCUUCUGCUAGCGGUGUUAACUUUCGCGACGUCCCUGCUUAGCAUACAAUGCCGUCCUCAGGCCAUACACUUCUUCCCUUACCGACCGGCGGAGCUGCCAGCGCCGUAUCCGUUCCACGCGCUCGGCUCUCCCGUCAGCAGCCAAGCGUACCGGUUGGUGCCGGUUCCGCUUCCGGCGCCGGUGCAGAGCGAAAAGCGUGUGCCCAAGCCGUCGGAACCGUUGCUCCGUACGAGUCAGGGAAAGCCCCAACUGCAGGCAAAAGCGCCCAAACGCGUCACGAACGCUCCGUUCCUGCAGGCGCUUCAGCAGCCCAAUGGGCAGUUUAAGCUGCAAAAGUACACCCUGGCUAUGCCAGAGCGGCUCCAGCAACCCAUCGUCAGCGAUCAACCAGCGCAGGUCGACACACCGACAGUGCCAUCUAAUCCCAAGAAACAGAACACAAACAGCGUGCUAAGUCAGCAGUUGGAAAGCGCGAUCCUGCCGCAGGAAGUCAACCCGGUUGUGGUGAGUGCCGUGGGUUCGACGACGGCUGAUGCACCAGUGCUAGGACGUGUGCCAGUGGCACCGACAGUGUCCGAGUACUAUCCCUUCUACGGUGGUCCAAUGACUGACAACCGCGAGGAAGCCUCACUCAUACUGGAACCCUCGUCGAAGGCCGUCUCGGGAAACGGUGGCACCGCUAUUUCGACGCCGGUCUCGCACGCUAUCCUGAAGCAUGGCAGCCGGUCGAAGAUCCUGUUCCGGCCACAGUCGGUUGCGAUCGUUGGGGCGAAUGGGCGUGCCCACGCGCAGGCCGACCUGAUCGUCGACUACGUGAACCCGGAACACCGAACCGCAACGGACGUGCUGAAACUGCCCUUCUACGGAGGCGCUCGUGGUCAGAUACUGGAGAUUCGCAAGAAUAGUGAUGGAACGGUGGUGAGCAAGAUCCUACGUGGUGAUGACGAAGAUAUGGAGCUGAAGGUGCACCACAUGGGAGAUGAACCUCAACCGGGGUUGAAACCGUCCUCUAUCGAGCAAGCUCUGGAAGCGAGCGACGAAGACAUCAAGGGCGCGGACCAGUCGUUCGGAGACUAUCUGCUAAAGAUCCAGAACGCAGCCGCAUCGCUCGUCUCGCUGCAGGAGACGGUGAAGAAGACUGGCAAGUUGUCGUCGGACCAACGCAAAGUGUACACGGAUAACCUGGAGAAGCUUGGGGUGGCCGCCCAGAAGCUGGCGCAUAUCCAGCAGUCGGAUGAUGAUCAGGAUGCGAUCCGGUUUUUGUUUGACUUAUCCGCUUUGACAGCUAACUACGAGACUGCGUCGACUGGCGAUCCACAGAAGAAGAAGGUCUCUUCCGGCAGCAAGCUGACGUCGUUCCCAGGCUACAAGGGCAAAGAAGACAAUAAGAAGAAGGAAGAGGAGGAGAACGUGGGCGAGGACGGUUCCGGUGGAGAUUCUGUACAGGUAGACACCCAGGAGAAGGAGUCGUCCAUUGCCGAGGCUAAGCCCGUAGGUCUUGCGAUCGCCGGCGAGGGAGGUGUUGCUUCAUCCAAACCGGUCGCAACGGCUGUGGUCGGUGACGGAGGACUCGCUGUAGCUCGUCCUGUCGCAACGGCCAUUGCGGGCAUCAAACCGAGCGAACUUGGUUCACUGGGUCUACCGAUCUCGAUCAAUAAGAAGGUGUUGACGAAGGGAAAGUACGGUCUGGUUGCAAGUGGAGACGAAGUCUCUGGUGGCGUUCUGGUUGGUCCCGACUAUGAAGCUCGUGUGGCGCCAAAAGAAAUUGAGGCUGAACUCGAGGACAAUCGCCAGCAGGCUAUGGCAGGCUUCGACACGGAGAAGUUCCUGGCGAAUCUGCGACUGAAGACGACACCGAAUGGUGCCACGACCGGACUUCCGAAUGGACCUCAAACGUUGGCCGCUUAUCAACCGACGUCUUAUCUGCAGCAAACCGUCCCCUACAUGUCGGAUUAUAACGUGGGACAAAGUGCGUACCCAAUGUACACACCGACGUUUAUGCCGUAUUACGCCAUCUCACCAAACUACUAUCAGUACCCGACGGCAAUGAGCACGCUUAACGCGUACCAAGUGGCCGCCCUACAAUCGGCUUUGUACAACUCGUACUUGUACAGUGCGUAUCAGCAACCGCAGCUGCAACAAACGGUCGCCCAGAAUCCCUUUCAGCAGUAUGAGUAUCCUCAGCGGACUCUCUACAAUCCAUCACCCGUCGUCAGCCCAGUCGCUGCCUACUCGAACUAUAAUAAUUACGCAUCCUUCAGCAGCCCUUCGCCAUACCGAUUUUUCUACUAUUAG